UGAUUUGGAAACACACUUGCUUUCAGUUCAGUGGGAAAUACUGAUGUGGUUCAUAGUCACUUCUGCCUGUGAGUUAAGUUACUGCUACCUGUCCUGGCUUACCAAUGCCUUCCAAGAACUUUCCGCCUUCACCGAGUCACUUCACCUAAGCAUCUUGACACCUUAUUAAGGUUUCUGCGGCACUGAAACAAGGCCAAAUUACACCAACAGAGCUCUGUCAAAAAUGUCUCUCACUUAUCAAGAAGACCAAGUUUCUAAAUGCUUAUAUUACUGUAUCAGAAGAGAUGGCUUUAAAGCAAGCUGAAGAAUCAGAGAAAAGAUAUAAGAAAGGUCAGUCACUUGGAGAUUUAGAUGGAAUUCCUAUUGCAGUAAAAGACAACUUUAGCACAUCUGGCAUUGAGACAACAUGUGCUUCAAAUAUGCUGAAAGGUUAUGUACCACCUUAUAAUGCUACAGUAGUUCAGAAGUUGUUGGAUCAGGGAGCUCUACUGAUGGGAAAAACAAAUUUAGAUGAGUUCGCUAUGGGAUCUGGAAGCACGGAUGGUGCAUUUGGACCAGUUAAAAACCCCUGGAGUUAUUCAAAACAAUACAGAGAAAAGAGGCAGCAGAAGCCCCAUGAUGAGAAAGAAGAUUCAAAUUGGCUGAUAACUGGAGGAAGCUCCGGCGGGAGCGCCGCUGCCGUCUCAGCAUUCACGUGCUUUGUGGCUUUAGGAUCAGAUACAGGAGGAUCAACUAGAAAUCCUGCAGCCCACUGUGGGCUUGUUGGCCUCAAACCCAGUUAUGGCUUGGUUUCUCGUCAUGGUCUCAUUCCGUUGGUGAACUCUAUGGAUGUACCAGGAAUCUUAACCAGAUAUGUGGAGGAUGCAGCAAUUGUGUUGGGUAUGCUGGCUGGACAUGACCCCAGGGAUUCUACCACAGUACAAGAUCCUGUUAAACCAUUCACACUUCCUAUUUUGACAGAUGUGAGCAAACUAUGUAUAGGAAUCCCAAAGGAAUAUCAUUUGCCAGAAUUAUCCAAUGAAGUACGAGCUCUUUGGUCUAAAGCUGCUGAUCUCUUUGAAUCCGAAGGGGCCAAAGUAAUUGAAGUAUCCCUUCCCCACACCAGUUUCUCAAUUGUCUGCUACCAUAUACUGUGCACAUCAGAAGUAGCAUCGAAUAUGGCAAGAUUUGAUGGACUAGAAUAUGGUCAUAGAUGUGACACUGAUGUCUCUACUGAAGCCAUGUAUGCUGCAACCAGACGAGAAGGGUUCAAUGAUGUGGUGAGAGGAAGAAUUCUCUCAGGAAACUUUUUCUUAUUAAAAGAAAAUUAUGAGAAUUAUUUCAUCAAAGCACAGAAAGUACGACGCCUCAUUGCUAAUGAUUUUGUGAAUGUUUUCAACUCUGGAGUGGAUGUCUUGUUAACUCCCACCACCUUGAGAGAGGCAGUACCAUACUUAGAGUUCAUCAAAGAAGACAACAGCACACGAAGUGCCCAAGAUGAUAUUUUUACACAGGCUGUAAAUUUGGCUGGAUUGCCAGCAGUGAGUGUCCCAGUGGCACUCUCAAACCAGGGGUUGCCAAUAGGACUGCAGUUUAUUGGACGUGCAUUUUAUGACCAGCAGCUUCUUACGAUUGCGAAGUGGUUUGAGAAAAAAGUGCAAUUUCCUGUUAUCCAGCUUCAAGAAUUCAUGGAUGAUUAUUCAUCAGUCCUUAAAAAUGAAAAGUUGACUUCUGUUUCUCUAAAACAGUAGUAAUAAAUAUGCUAUGCAAAUUA